AAUGAUAGAAUGAGAUUGUUUUAAUGUAUUACCGUAUUAUAAUUUCGUAAUUUCAAAAAUAACAUAACGUGCAAGUUUACGAUAGUAGGCUAAAUAUAGUCGCAUCCGUAUGAGCGACGAGUACGUAUAUUGGCAAUGAGCCAAGUCAUCCGUCAUUUAUUGGACAUGAGCCAAGUGAUGAGUCACUGAAAAAUGUAAUUGAAGUGUAUAUCAAUUUGACGCAUUAGCAGUGAAACCCCAUGGGAGAUGGGAUGCCAGGCUUAUGUGAGACAAGUCCCCGUGGGUCCCAUCAUUGGCUAUAACACUAAGAUUUUUUGCAGGCUAAUCUAACAACGAGACGGAACGCUUGAUUAGACUAGUGAUUUAGAACCGACACCACGUGUGCUGAAUACAAUUAAAAAUGAUCAUAAGUACAAGAAUAAUUUUUAGUCGGAUCAUAUUCAAAGUAGAAAUAGCACGUGUCGCUUAGCAUGCCUAGUGCUGUUGUGUCUGACAUGAAAGUUGGCCAGGAAAGCGAAGACAAGCUCGAAACUUUAACGAAGAUGAGUGAAGUUAUUGUAGAGGAGAGCAAUGAAAUUACACAAAUUGAGAAAGAGAAAGCUCCAAAGAAACAAGGUGCCAGGAAAGGAAAACAGACAAAGAAGCAAAAACAAGAAACAACUGAAAAUGGUGAGAAACCACCACCAAAACGUCGCGGGCCCAAAAAGAAGAAAAUGACACCGGCGAGAGUGUUCAAAUUGAAACAACGACGCGUGAAGGCGAACACCCGAGAACGAUCUCGCAUGCACGGUUUAAACUUGGCACUUGAUCUUCUGCGAAAAGUUGUCCCAUGUUAUUCAACGAAUCAGAAGUUAUCCAAGAUUGAAACGUUGAGGCUAGCCAAGAACUAUAUCAGUGCCUUGUCCGAGAUAUUGCGUUCUGGUUCAGUUCCAGAUACGGUUUCAUUUGCACAGACACUCUCCGAAGGACUUUCACAACCGACAAGUAAUCUGGUGGCAGGAUGCAUGCAACUGAACCCAAGAACUUUACUUCCAGAAGCGAAGACACAGAGACUGCAAGACCAGCACGAUUGGUCAUUGAGAGACAUCAUUGUCAACAAUCGGCAACAAUAUGGACACAAGCAAGCAGAUAGUUACAUAAAUUCAUUCCAAAAUAACCACCAAACGCCGACACCAUGUGGGUAUGCUGACUGCAACAUCUUCCAUUCUGAUCCAAAUGCAGUCAGUUAUCAACAUUUGUACGACUCUAACACAGCAAUGCAAUUCCAAGGCUCAGUUCUUGUGGCUGGAACCGAGGUACACGGUCCAACGCCUCCACACACGCCAAACUUUCCAGAUACCGUUCACAUGACUAAUGAAUAUUUAUCAUCAGCUUUAAUGACGUCAUCAACAUCAUCAUGUGACCUUAAUUCCGAAUGUAGUAGCAGUGAGUCAUUUGAUUGUGACGUCACGGUACUUGAUGGCAAAGAUCUAACAUUGCUUUCAUCUUCUUCCGAACAGGAUUUUUUAGAUCAGUACGUUUAACGUUGCUGAAAUAUUUGGGGGUACCUUUGAAAUAUUUUUAGAAAACUUGGUUUUCUUGUUGCAAAUAUAUUUAUUUAACUGUCCUCUGAGGGUAGUACAUGUAUUCAUAAUUUUUUCUUAACUUUUGAUCUUUAAAUAUGUCUUUUUAAAAGAAUUUAGCUAUUCAAUGACAUUAACUCACGUGUUAAUUAUAAUGUAAUCACUCUCACUUUAUAUAUUGUUAUCCAGAUGUAAGAAAAUCAAAUUUCCUUUUUUAAAGGUUUAUGAUUAUUGAUUACCAUAUGUCUUCGACACGCGUUUAAAAUAUUCAGUUCUUGGAAGUAGAAGUCACAGAUAAAGACAUUAGUCUAAUAUAGGCCUAUAUCAUCGAAACGUUUGUAGGCCUAAUAUCAUUAGGAAUUCCAUGUAUAUCUUCCAAUUCAGAGCUGCAGUAUUUAAGCCGCAGUAAUACCAUGCAACAGAAAUGUAUUUUAAUUGAAUUAUUCGAAUUUAAAUAAUUUCUAUAGGCAUCGACUAGGCUAAAUUUAGUCUUGAUAGGCCCUACUUAAUAAUGCAUGUGGUUCCUCUAUUUGGUUAUGCCAUAGUUACUAUGGCGCCCGUUAUCAUGUUCCUCUAAAACCAUUCCAAACUUUUAUAAAUGAAUGUGGCUAUCUCUUGAAUUUACGUCAUUGUAAUUAUGCAUUUCGAAGCCACAUUCCCUAUGGUAUUUCAUGUUUUAAACAUUCCGAGCUUCAUCCAUGGUUUUUUGGUUGGCUGCUUGCAGUUUGUAUCAUUUAGUUAUAUAAACAAUCGUUUGAAUUUGGCUUAUCUAUACUAACGGAAGACAUUUUAAGCAAGCAAAUAGGAAUUCCAUCAAUGCAAAAUAAUGUAACGUUUUGAUAAAACGACUUUAAAAAAAAUGUCCAUCAAGCAAGCAACUCUCUCGCUUCCUAACCAUAGAGGGCAUUAGUACAAACUUACUGUAAUAUUCUUACUUUACAAAUUGGAGAUUUUUUUCCACAUUAUCAUUUUCUUUCUUGAUAUUUUAUGGGAAUUUCUUAUUUCGUUUUCCAUGGGAAUACUGCAUAAUAUGUGGCUUGAAUUGGAUCUACAAAUCGCCUUUUUAAAAAACAUAAAUAAUGUUAAUGCUUAUGUUUACUUCUUUUUGGAGGUAAUAAUUGUUGACUCAAUGUGGAGUGUGGCUCAGGUAUGUUCUAAUGCAAUCGUUUAUUCAUAUAUUUGGAUGACAUUUUAAUUAUGCUCUACAUUAAAAUAAUCAUAUUUUGUUGGUUUGUUGAGAAUAAAUACAAAGGCGAAGCAUUAAAUUUAUGACACUGCACAACAAUCACUGCCAGUGGUAUAUGAAAAAUAAUCCCUAUAUUACAAUAAAACGGAAUAAGCGCCUUUUUGUGUAGCUAGAAAACGAAAUCUAUCGGCGUUCCUAUUUGUACAGGCAAUGUACAGUACGGUAUAUUUAGCUGCGAAACUCCUGUCGUUAUUUAUUUACGCAGGUUUUCGUGGUGAUUAGUGAGGGCGCACUUCAAUCAUAACCAAGGUUGGCAAAUUGAAGUUGGCAAUUUGGUUUGUAAAUGUUACUACAGUGCCGGAAGAUAAAUGUGCAUUAGGCAAUAUUGUGGAUACUGUUGAUUUAAGUUAGAACUCAUCUGAUGUUUAUUGGUUGUGAAUAAUUAAUGCUUCUCAUGUGUGGUGAUGUUCUGUGUCUUUCUAAAUUGUUGACGUUAAAAUGCAAUAAUGAAAAAUUAGUUAAGUGCGCCGUGCUGUUUAUGUGAGGCUUCAGAGGCCAGAAAAGAGCGACCGUUGUCUGUAAAAAUUAACUUAUUCUUAUUUGUAAAUUGUUUUAUACAGAACUAAAUGUGUCUACUCCAUUAGAUUUAGGCCGGGAAGUAUAACAUAUUAUCUCCCUGAUUUAGGUGACGUUGAUUAGCAACAUAGCCCGACGCGGAUACGUUUACUUGAUAAUAUAUUCCAAACCGAUUUUAGCCUUAAUUUCUAUUGCUAAGGAAUUACAUUCCCCUUAGUCUUCCGUUUACAUAAAAGGAAAGUUCGAAAGCUUUUUAAUAGUAUGCAUUUUAUAGACCUAUGUGUUUUAAUACAACAACAAUCCUUUUUUAUCUGAAAGCCCUGUUUGCAUUUUGAAAAUAAGAAAUGUCGAUUUGUAUACAUUCGUUGUCAUGUUUUGUCUAUGUGAAUUAAAAAAGGAAGAUAAUGUCAUUUGAAA